CUCCAGAACACGGUGUACCCAACGGUCGUGAAAUAUAUCCUGCUCACUGUUCAUAGGAUUCUCCUCCCAUCUCGGUUUACCCUCUUCCGACCCCGAAACCUGGAAAAAUCCUGCAUCGAUGUGAAGAUAUUUUUUUUUCAACAUUAAUGUGAUUUCCAAGUUCAGUUUUUGAACAGUGACUGGGAUUCUAAAUGAACUGGCUGCUAUCUGGCGUUGAGCCAGGCAAAACUGAUCUGCUACAAUUCCUUCCUUUUUAAGUUAUUUGGUGGAAGACUAAUCUAAUUUAUGAUUUAAGACUAUUGCUAGAAUGCAGAAGAAGAGGGUACAUUGUAUAUGGGGUGUUUUUCAAGCAGAACUGUGGGAAUCUUUUAUUUUUUUCAGAGAUCAACAGCCUCUCUUUGCAACUUCUCCUUCUGAGCGCUGGAUUUCGUGUAAUGAUCCAAAGGUCACAAGUGCAGUGUAUUAUGGGAACUCAAUUUGAAAUACUCAGCAUAUGAGUGGAUUGACUGUUAAAAAAAAAUGACUGGCAAGGCAGUGGAUAACAACUUUAUACUAUGAUUAACGCAUCUCCUAAAGGUGUUGUAAGGACUGCAAGGUGAACAUGGAUUCAAAGGGAGUUCAAGACGUUCAGUGGAGUCUUCCCAGGGUAGAUGUCGUCUGUGACAAUGGAAGCCCGUUGUCUGGAAAAGAGAGGAAGUUUCUUUAAGCUCAUUGACACAAUUGCCUCAGAAAUUGGAGAACUGAAACAGGAGAUGGUACAGACAGAUCUCAUGCUGGAAGAUGGAUCCACUGAUUUGCAAAGCCCGGUAAAGGACAUGGAUAAUGUCUGUCCUGAGAAAAAGGACUUAAAAGGCUGUCCCCGGGACUCUGGCUAUGACAGUCUUUCCAAUAAACUCAGCAUACUGGAUAAACUUCUCCACACCCAUCCUGUGUGGCUACAGCUUGGCCUGAAUGAUGCUGAAGCAGUGGAAAUUCUGCAGUCCCAGCCUCCUGGAAUCUUUCUGGUUAGGAAAUCCACAAGAAUGCAGAAGAAAGUCCUAUCUCUCCGUCUACCCAAUGAGUUUGGAUCUCGCCUCAAGGAAUUUGCAAUAAAAGAAAGCACAUAUACCUUUUCUUUGGAGGGCUCUGGAAUAAGUUUUGCUGAUUUAUUCAGGCUCAUCGCUUUCUACUGUAUUAGCAGGGAUGUCCUGCCAUUCACCUUGAAAUUGCCUCAUGCUAUUGCGGCAGCAAAGACAGAAGCUGAACUUGAAGACAUUGCUCAGCUGGGACUGAAUUUUUGGAGCUCUCCGGCUAACAACAACCCCCCAAAUCCUUCACCUCCCCGUAGGCCUCUGCCCUCAGACAAUGCUUGCAAAGACUCACGUCAGCUCUGCCUUAUAAAUGGAGUGCAUUCUAUAAGAACCAGAACGCCUUCGGAGCUGGAGUGUAGCCAGACCAAUGGAGCCUUGUGUUUUAUUAAUCCUCUCUUCUUAAAAGUGCACAGCCAGGAUGUUAGUGGAAGUUUGAAAAGACAGAGCCCAAGAACUCAAGAUGUGAAUGGGACAGAGAAGCCUCGCUCCCCCCCACCCAGACCUCCACCACCUUCUAUUAAUAGCCUUCUCACAAGUCCACAGCUCUCCACGUCUAUAAAGCAGGCGAGCAUGCCAGGAACAGUCAACCAUAACAAAUAUAGGAACUUGGAUUUGCUGCAGAAGAAACCAACCCCUGUUCCGCCUCCUCGUCUAAAGAAGCAGGCUGUUAGCUUAGAAGGGGAAGGUAAUGCAAAGACCGUGGCAGUAAUUCGAUCUAGUCAUAACUCAGUGCGAGGGUCAGAAACUGCUUGCGAUCCAGGUGAAGCCCUGUGUGAGCAAAAUUUAACAGCUUGCAGAAAGACCUUGGCUACAAACUCUGAGUCACUAGUACAGUGGAAUGGAGGCAGGCAGAGACUGAGCGACAUGAGCAUUUCCACCUCCUCAUCUGACUCGCUGGAUUUUGAUCGUAGUAUGCCGUUGUUUGGCUACGAAGGGGACACUAACAGCAGCCUGGAGGACUUUGAAGGGGAAAGUGACCAGGAAAGCAUGGCACCCCCUUUGAAGCCCAAAAAGAAACGGAAUAGUUCAUUUGUUCUUCCCAAGAUUGUGAAAUCCCAGCUGAGGAAAGUAAGUGGGGUGUUCAGUUCUUUCAUGACCCCCGAAAAGAGGAUGAUCAAGAAAAUUGCAGAGCUGUCCCAGGACAAGCGCACGUAUUUUGGGUGCCUGGUGCAGGACUAUGUCAGCUUUCUCCAGGAAAACAAGGAAUGCCACGUUUCGAGUACUGACAUGUUACAGACAAUUCGGCAGUUCAUGACACAAGUUAAGAACUAUUUGUCACAGAGCUCUGAACUGGACCCCCCCAUUGAGUCACUGAUUCCAGAAGACCAAAUAGAUGUUGUGCUGGAGAAGGCCAUGCACAAGUGUAUCCUGAAGCCCUUGAAAGGCCACAUUGAAGCAAUGCUGAAAGAGUUCCAUACUGUCGAUGGCUCUUGGAAACAGUUAAAAGAAAACCUGCAGCUGGUGCGGCAGAGGAAUCCUCAGGAACUGGGUGUAUAUGUCCCAACACCAGACUUUGUGGACGUUGAAAAGAUUAAAGUCAAGUUCAUGACCAUGCAGAAAAUGUAUUCACCUGAAAAGAAAGUCAUGCUGCUGCUGAGAGUGUGCAAACUGAUUUACACUGUCAUGGAGAAUAACUCAGGGAGGAUGUAUGGGGCGGAUGACUUCUUGCCAGUGCUGACCUAUGUAGUGGCCCAGUGUGACAUGCUGGAGCUUGAUACUGAAAUUGAAUACAUGAUGGAACUGUUGGAUCCGUCUUUACUACAUGGAGAAGGAGGCUAUUACUUGACAAGCGCGUAUGGAGCACUUUCUUUGAUCAAGAAUUUCCAGGAAGAACAAGCAGCCCGAUUGCUGAGUUCAGAAGCCAGAGAUACUCUUCGGCAGUGGCAUAAGAGGAGGACAACUAACCGAACAAUUCCUUCAGUUGAUGAUUUUCAGAACUACCUUCGAGUUGCAUUUCAGGAGGUUAACAGUGGCUGUACAGGAAAGACCUUAUUAGUAAGACCUUAUAUCACCACAGAAGAUGUGUGUCAGCUCUGUGCUGAAAAAUUUAAAGUGGACAACCCAGAAGAUUAUAGCCUGUUUCUUUUUAUCGAUGAUACCUGGCAGCAGCUAACAGAAGAUACUUACCCUCAGAAGAUUAAGGCAGAGCUGCACAGCCGUCCCCAACCCCAGGUUUUUCAUUUUGUCUACAAGCGCAUUAACAGUGAUCCUUAUGGUGCCAUUUUCCAGAACAAUGAUGACAACUCCACUUUAUAGAACAGAUGCUUGUUGUUUGGGUUCCUUGUUACGUAGUUGAAAACAUCUCUUGCGUGGCUGCCUUCUUCUUUAGGAGGCAAAAGUCUAUAGAUUAAAUGCCUAGUAAGAACACAAGCAGCAGCUUUUAGCACUGCCUAUAGAAAGUAUACGUACAGUACUUAUGGCCAAUUGUGCAGUGUGUGCUACCACUGUGUCUGAGUGAACAACCCAUGCAGCUGAGUUUCUUGGUACACAGAAGUUGUUACACUGUGGCCCUCUGCAGGUCUAUCCAUGUAAGCAUGUUGAGAUUAAGUUUCUCAUACUUAUCCUUCAGCCAAAUGUUGUUUUGAUUUAAACAUGUAUUCUAGACAAACUUUUGGGUGCACUGGCUGGUACACUCUCAGUUUCACCAGCAUAAGUGUGACAAGACUGUCCGAUGCAGGGCAUCAAUUAAUUCCCAAUUAUGUGGAUGGUUGCAUCCUUUUCUAUCUAAAACUAAUUUUUUUUUUUUUUUUUACAGAAAGACUCCAUGUUUUUAUGUAUUUCAUAGAAAUUUUAUAGCAGUUGCAGGUAAACUGUAAGGGUGGGUUUUUAAAAUAUUUUUUUAACUAUAAAGUAUUCUAUAAUUAUGCAUGUGACUUUAACAUUUAAUAUACAAAAAUAAAUCUCUUGCUGGUUUUAGAGUAUCGCAUUAAAUGUCUGUGGUUUUUCUCUUCCUCGUUACUGGAGGGUUUUAUGCAACUUUUGUUUUGAGAUUGUUCUGUUUCUGUAAGCCAUUUGUAUUGUUGACACUGGCCACAUAGAUGCCUUUAUAUGAACCUGAUGUACUGUUAUCCAGACUAUUGUUUAUAUACAGCAGUUUUAGAAAAGCAGAUACAAGAGUGUGGAAUGGGGAUAUGAAAUAAAUGGAUGUAGAGAAGAGGUAGAGAAUGUAGAGAAACUAAUUUAGGAAUCAAAUGUGUUUAGUCUGCUGGUUCAGGCUCCUUGCAAAAAAUGGGUGAAGGAGAUUGAUAAGGAACAAUUGUAUGUUUAAAGUACUGUAGAUAUGCUGAUGGGUAACUCUCCCACAUAUUAGUUGUGUUAGCAAAGGAUUAAAAGCACCAAUAAAAUGGAUGAGAACACUAACCAUUUUAUAUAGAUUGAUACUAGCAACCUCAAACAUGUUUUUGACUGAAACAAAGAUUGUUGUAGCUUUUGAUGAAUCUGAGAUUGUCUUUAGACAAGAGAGAAACUGUAAAGACAUCUGAAAGUCAAAGCCUUAAACAUAGAAAGGUACAAUGAAAUGAAUGUGUAUGUUCUAUAAAACCUGUUCAAAAUACUGAAUAUUGUGGUUGAAAUUCUGGCCCCCAUUGAAGUCAAUGACCGUUUUACCAUUGACUUUAACGGAGCCAGGAUUUCUCACUAAAUUCUUGUAGUAGUGUAAUUGAAGACAGGUGGUCACAAGAACAUAGACCUUGGACUUGUAUGGAUGUGUAUAUAUAAGAUCUGUACCUUUUUUCAUGUUGGUUUGCCACAUAUCUGAAAUCGUUGGCACAUGUUUGUGUUUUUAUUUCAUUUUGUAAAUGAUAAAUGAGUUUUGCACAUAAUACAUUGUAAUACUAUAUUAUAA